AUGGUUAAUGCAAGAUUAGAAGCUCAAAGGCAAACAAUUCGACAUUAUUGGCUUAAUGGCAUUAAGUCAGCAAAGGAAAUACAAAAAAAAACUAGUAUUCUCCUUCAUACUAUUGAGCGUAAUCUUAAAAAGCUUAGAGAAACAGCCAUUUCUUGGGCUAUUGGGCAAUAUGUACACAAAAAUACUGCAGUUUCGACCUGCCAACUUGCUACAAAAAUAGAAGAUACCUAUGAUAUUUCUAUUUCAUACAUGUCUAUUUGGAGAAAUAUGAAAAAAAAGG